CGAGCCGCGGCGGAGGAGAGCAGCAGCAGCAGCAGCAGCAGCAGCAGCAGCAUCCCUGCUCACAAACAGCCCCUCACCCGUCUGCCGCCACCAGCGAGCUGCUUUUCUCACUGAGCAUCCUCCACCGACAACGAGAUAAAAGAUAAGAUGGCCACCUCCUCCUCCACUCUGGAAGAAGACGAGAGUUUGAAGGGCUGUGAAAUUUUUGUGCAGAAGCACAACAUCCAGCAGAUCCUCAAAGAGUGCAUUGUGAACCUCUGCAUCGCUAAGCCUGAGCGUCCUAUGAAGUUCCUGCGGGAGCAUUUUGAAAAACUGGAGAAGGAAGAAUGCAAGCAGAUCAUGGCGCGCCAGAAAUCUAACAGCCAGUCAGACUCGCACGACGAUGAGGUUUCCCCGCCGCCGCCCAACCCCGUCGUCAAGACCCGCCGCCGCAGAGGAGGGGUCAGCGCCGAGGUCUACACCGAGGAGGAUGCUGUCAGCUACGUACGCAAGGUGAUUCCAAAAGACUACAAGACCAUGACUGCCUUGGCCAAAGCCAUCUCCAAGAAUGUGCUGUUCGCUCACCUCGACGACAACGAGAGAAGUGACAUAUUUGAUGCCAUGUUCCCAGUAACCCACAUUGCCGGGGAAACAGUCAUCCAGCAAGGUGAUGAAGGAGACAACUUCUAUGUGAUUGACCAGGGUGAAGUGGACGUUUAUGUGAACGGUGAAUGGGUGACCAGCAUCGGAGAGGGAGGCAGCUUUGGAGAGCUGGCCCUCAUCUACGGGACUCCUCGAGCCGCCACCGUCAAGGCCAAGACUGAUCUCAAGCUGUGGGGCAUCGACCGGGACAGCUACCGACGCAUUCUCAUGGGCAGCACACUCCGAAAGAGAAAGAUGUACGAAGAGUUUCUCAGCAAGGUCUCCAUCCUCGAGUCUUUGGAUAAGUGGGAGCGCCUGACGGUGGCUGACGCUCUGGAGCCGGUUCAGUUUGAGGACGGGGAGAAGAUCGUGGUGCAGGGCGAGCCGGGCGACGACUUCUUCAUCAUCACAGAGGGAAUCGCGUCCGUUCUGCAGCGCCGGUCCGACAACGAGGAGUAUGUGGAAGUGGGACGCCUCGGACCCUCUGACUACUUUGGUGAAAUCGCCCUGCUGCUGAACCGUCCCCGGGCGGCCACCGUCGUCGCCCGGGGGCCGCUGAAGUGCGUGAAGCUGGACCGGCCCCGCUUCGAGCGCGUGCUGGGGCCCUGCUCGGAGAUCCUCAAGAGGAACAUCCAGAGAUACAACAGCUUCAUCUCCCUCACCGUGUGACGCCUCGGCACCCCCUUCCGGGCUCCACCAACCAGCAGGGGUGGGCAGCAUCGGCGGCGCCGGAGCCUCGGGUCAGUGGGAGGGAUGGGACGCAGGACGGGGCGAAGGACACGGGUUUCCAAAUCAACACUGACAGAGCGCUCAUUUCCUGCCUUUAUACAUGUCGCGAGUUUCUUUCUUUCUUUCUUUGUCUCUCUUGGCCCUUGUGCACUUUUGACUUGAUCUGUGCCGUCACGUAGCUUUAUGUCCGAAACAACACGCAGGAGCGAGGCGAGAGGUCAUUCGAAAUCGAACACGUCACGUAAAAGAGCCGUGCAAAUACAGUGUGUCAGCUGUAGAAUGAUGCAAGCUCCCGGAAUGACAACCAGUGGUGUUUUUGCACUUUCAUUAGUUUAUGGAAGGAUUUGGAAACAUUCAGGACACAAGAAGGAAGUAAAAGUCAUGUUUACUUGCGGCGGGAGGAGGUGAGUACUCAUUUGUUUUGCUCGCCGGCUGUGGUUUGCCUUGUUUUCACUCGUGAAACAGACCUCUGUUCCCAAAAAGAUGUAGCUGUAGAGGUGUGAGAAAAUAAAUAGACGAUUGGCUCGUUUGAUUCAUUUUUCACUGCGUUCUUUGUGUGCUUUGGACUUAUGAGUUCAGAUGUAGUUUAGAUCUGAGCCAAAAAAAAAAAAAAAAAA